UACCACUCCACAACUCUCUCUCUUUUUCUCUCUCUCUCUCUCUCUCUCUCUCUCCCCUUCGCCAUGAAAGGCCCUGCUCCAUCUCGCCCGAAGAAGCCACCGUCGCCGCAGAAGCUCACGCUCCUCUGCAUAUUCCGGGGCGCCUUCGUGCGCCGCAGCCCAUCGGGCGAGCUCUCGUACGUCGACGGCGAGAACCGCCUCAUCUCCGUCGAUCGCCGCGGCGGCGUCGCCAUGUCGAAGCUCGCGGCGAGGAUCGCCGAUCUGUGCCCCGGGUGCUCCUUCUCCCUCAAGUACCAGCUUCCUGAAGCUUCCAUCGCCCCCCCGAAGCUGAUCCCGAUCGCCACGGACGAGGACGUGAGGAGGAUGGUCGAGGAGCACGAUCGGAUCGCGGCGGAGAAAGGGAGGGCCCCUCGCCUCCGGAUCUACCAGUGCGAUGUGAGGCCUCUCCCCGUUAAGCAUGUCGAGGUGAGGUACUUCUCGUCUGGUAAUGGAAUUGGGUCGUGUUCUAGAUUUGGGGGUUCGAAUGGGGAAAAGUUGGUUUUGGAUAGAGGAUCUGCUUUGGGUGAUCUGAACGAGAAGUUUCAUGCGAGAAAAUACGGUAAUUUUCGUGAAAAUUUGGGUAAUAGAGUACUCGGGAACCAAUUAGGAAAUUAUGAAACUUGUGGCCCUGCACAUUUGCCUCGAUUUAACUAUUUGGUUGGAUCCACCACUUCACAUCCCACUCAGGUUUCCUGUCAUGGAUUUUCACCAUCAAUUUCUCAUAAAGCUGAAAUCUUUCCAAUAAAGACUGAGGUUAUUAAUGCGGCGGAGAUCAACUGUGAAAAUGCUAUUGAUCAUAGCCCAAUUCAAACUUGCUUGGCUCCUCCUACAAUCAGCAGCCAAUCAUCACAUAAAAGGAAUCCCCAGUGGAAGGUUUCCGGCCGUAGUAGAGGUCUCUUGGGAGUGCCUCACUUGACGACAAGAAACAGUAGGCUUGGAGUGGGAGGCAACAUCAUGCGGCACAAUCAGACAGUGUAUUGUGAUGUUCAGGGUCAGAAGAUCGGAUCGGAUGGUUUUGUCGUUCAGCGUUUCAAUGACGACAAGGUUCGUGAGUUAAAGUACCAUUUGGGGACGAGGCGCCGAUCUGGUAAUUCAAAGCUUGCACAUUCAAGAGCACAUCUGCAUCAAUUGGUAAAGCCACCAAAUGGUACGAGUCAUAUUACUCCGAAGGACGAAAUCUUACAGCCAACUAAAGAGCUAGAUAAGACACCCAAUGAGCCCCAAAGUCUUCCGGUCGUCGGAUUUGGAAUGCAACGGAUGCAGGGUGUUUCAUGUAAUCAAAGUUGUUCACAGAUGCCUCUUGAUGUCAAAAGCCAACCUCUCCCUUCAGGCACCACGAGCUUUAUGAAUUAUCCUUUGGGUGAUGCAAACCCAGUAGGCCACUCUCAUGCAGUUUAUCACAGAAGCUCCAUUAUUCGCACUGGCCAAGAACAGGGUACUUGUGAUUUGAAGAAGUCAUGCUUGGUGGAAAAUGUACCCGGUAAUCCACAAUCAAUAUCUUUUUCCUCUUUCUCCAUGUUACCAGGGGAGAAUAUAGAAAAAGUCGAAAUGAACUUAGGACUUACCACUGACAUUCCGAAGGCUGACCUUUCCCAUAAAUUGGAUAGCACUGCCGACCCUAUGGAGAAAAUUAGCCUUAACAGCUCCUGUAUAACUUUUUGCGAAAUCAAUACCUCAAUAAAUAUAUAUGACAAGAAAGCAGAAGAGUUCACAUUGUCGCAACCAUUGAGCUCUUUGCUGGAACAUGUAUCUCUUCGUUCCAAGAAGGAAACUCAUACUGAGAAGGAUCAUGGCGUGGACGAUAAAGCUAAUGCGGCCAGUUCAAAAGAUAUCUGCUCCAAGGAAGUUGGUGAAGCCACAUGUAAACUUUCGGCAAUCUAUUCUCUUUUAUCUGCACAAGAAUUACAGGUAAUUAGCAAUUCUGAUCUGGAAGAAAUUCGGGAGCUAGGGUCAGGUAACUUUGGAACUGUCUUUUAUGGCAAAUGGAGGGGCUCAGAUGUUGCAAUCAAGCGUCUCAAACCAAUCUGUCUCAGUGGAGGUGAAUCAGGAGAGGAAAAGAUGGUAAUGGACUUUUGGAAGGAGGCGCACUUACUGGGUCAGCUUCACCACCCAAAUGUGGUGGCAUUUUAUGGGGUAGUUGCAGAGGAACCAGAAAGAAAUUUGGCUUUAGUCACAGAAUACAUGGUUAAUGGUUCCCUUAAACAAGUUCUAAAAAGAAAAGACAGGUACAGGAAUGAAACUCUAUCGCAAGGCAUAAGCACUAUGUUCCAGAUUUUGUUUAUAACUAUUGAUCGUCGGAAGAGAGUACUGAUAGCCAUGGAUGCUGCAUUUGGUAUGGAAUAUCUUCACGAGAAAAAUAUUGUCCACUUUGAUCUGAAGUCCCAUAACUUCUUCAUGAACAUGAGAGAUCCUCACCGACCAGUUUGCAAGAUUGGAGAUUUAGGCUUGUCAAAAGUGAAACAGCGAACGCUAGUCUCUGGUGGAAUUCGAGGAACAAUUCCAUGGAUGGCUCCUGAACUUUUCAGUUGUACAAAAAACAUGGUUACGGAGAAGGUGGAUGUAUAUUCAUUUGGGAUCGUCAUGUGGGAACUCUUGAUGGGAGGGGAACCUUAUGAGAAUUUGCGGUCUGAUGAAAUAAUUGCUGGUAUAAUUAAAGGCGACCUGCGACCGAAGGUACCAAGUUGGUGUGACCCAGCGUGGAAGUCGCUGAUGGAGAGGUGCUGGUCAUCUGAUCCCGAAGCAAGGCCAUCAUUCUCGGAGAUUGCAAAAGAACUUCGUGACGUUGCAGAAUCUAUGAAUAUCAAGUACUAAGCACUUUCGAACCUGAGCUGUAAAAUAAAUGAAAGAAAAUGCUUGUACCGUUAAACUAUCGGACAGUGUGAGCCUUGUCACCAAGGGCUAGGAAGAGUUACUUCACUGUAAAUAUCGUCCAACUGCCACAGGGAUGUUGCCAUUUUCCUUGCCAUCCAGUGGUUUGAUGUUGAGAUGGGAGAGUAGCUUCUCUACAAGUCCAUGCCGUCUUUUUUAUUGUGGCAUUUUGCUGUUGUAGUCGUAUGUGCUUUUGUCGGCACUAUGUUGGACAUAAUAAUGAUGAUGUAAAUGUUUGUUUGAAUUAAGUCUCCUUUGUGUGA